AUGCGUUUUGCCCAAGCUGUGGCUGCCGCGGUCUUGGUGCUGUCUGGGGUUGCUGGAGCCGUCGACGUCAACCCGCUGCCAGCUCCGAGGUCGAUCGCCUGGGGGAAUUCUGGCCAUCAGUAUCUCUCUCCCUUUGUCCGCUACCAUGGACCGCACAACCAGUGCCUCCAAGAGGCUUGGAACCGUGCCUUCAACGCCAUAGUCAGGCUUCGGUGGACUCCUGCAGUGCGCAACGUCCCAUUCCCGACCUUCGACGAGUUCCCAACCCCGAAAGCGAAGCGAGAGGAGAGCACUUCGAGAAACUCGAUCGCCCAGGUUAAUGUCAAGGUAGACAAUACCAAGGCAAAGCUGUCCCAUGGCGUGGACGAGUCUUACACAUUAGAGAUCAAGGAUGGGUCCGGCAGCAUCGACAUCACUGCCAAAACAGUCUGGGGAGCCCUUCACGCGUUCACAACCCUGCAGCAGCUGGUCAUCGUUGACGAGAGCAACGGAAGACUGAUGGUCGAAGAGCCCGUUGUGAUCAAAGACCAGCCUCUUUACCCCAUUCGAGGUAUCAUGGUUGAUACUGCUCGUAACUUCAUCACCUUAGGCAAGAUCAAGGAACAGCUCGAUGCCAUGGCCCUGUCAAAACUAAAUACCCUUCACUGGCACAUCAGCGAUACCCAAUCUUGGCCGAUCGAGAUCAAGAAGUAUCCCCAGAUGAUCAAAGAUGCUUAUUCCCCCCGCAUGGUCUACAGCCACGGAGAUGUCAAGGAUAUCAUCGAGUAUGCUCGAGCUCGUGGAAUCCGUGUUAUCCCAGAGAUCGACACUCCCGGCCAUUCUUCGUCGGGCUGGAGACAGAUUGACCCAGCAUUGGUAUCUUGCGGCAAUUCCUGGUGGUCCAACGAUGACUGGCCCAAGCAUACCGCCGUCGAACCAAACCCAGGCCAGCUCGAUCCCGCCUACGACAAGACCUACGAGGUCCUCACAAACAUCUACGGCGAGCUGAGCGAUCUCUUCGAAGACGAGAUGUUUCACCUCGGUGGUGACGAGUUGCAGCCCAACUGCUACAACUUCAGCUCUCACGUCACCAAAUGGUUUGCCGAGGACCCCUCCCGUACCUGGAACGACUUGCUAGAGUCGUAUGUUGACAGGCUCUUCCCAGCACUAAAGAAGCGCAAUAACCGCCGUUUCAUCACUUGGGAAGACAUGUUCACUUCUGAAAACAUGCACGCGAAGAAUAUAUCCAAGGAUACCAUCAUGCAGUCAUGGAACAAGGGCAUCGAAAACAUCAAGACCCUCACCUCCAACGGCUUCGAUGUCAUUGUUUCCUCGGCUGAUUUCCUCUACCUCGACUGCGGUAACGGUGGCUGGGUCACCAACGACCCCAGAUACAAUGUCAUGGAGAACCCAGACCCAAAGACUCCAAACUUCAACUACCUUGGUGACGGCGGUUCCUGGUGCGCCCCAUACAAGACCUGGCAGCGUAUCUACGACUAUGACUUUACCGAUGGCCUCAACGAUGCGGAAAAGAAACAUGUCCUCGGUGGUAUCUCUCCUCUCUUCUCAGAGCAAGUGGACGACGUCAUCAUCUCCUCCAAGUUCUGGCCCCGUGCCGCUGCUCUCGCUGAGCUGUUCUGGUCUGGCAACAAGGACGAUAAGGGUCAGAAGCGAACGACACAGAUGUCCAACCGUAUCCUGAAUUUUAGAGAAUACCUUGUUGCCAACGGAAUUGGUGCAUCUCCACUACAGCCCAGAUAUUGCCUCCAGCACCCACACCACUGUGAUCUCUUCCUGAACCAGACCGCAAUCGUAUGA